AUGGGUGGCAAACCUCAGGUUUUACCUCCAGCCAAAAGAUUCAUGUUGAUGCAUCAACAAGAUCAAAAACAAAAUGGAUCUGUCUCAUCAUCAAAACUUCCUGCUAAAAAGCGAAAAUUCUCUCCAGAAACUCCUCCACCGUUUACGAAUAACAGCACUGUUACUACUCUCUGUUUGCCCGCGAAGAAACGUGUUUGGGCUUUUCAUCCAUUUGACCUCAAUGAGGAUUAUAACCCAGUUUGUUUUAAUGACGAUGAAAUCAAGGGAGAAAAAUUGGUUGAGAAAACAACAGAUGAUGACAUUGAUGUGGAUGAGGAUGAGGAUGACGAUGAUGGGAUUGUUUGUGUUAUUUGUAAUAGCACGGACGGAGAUCCAUCAGAUCCAAUCGUUUUGUGUGACGGUUGUGAUUUGAUGGUUCAUACAUCUUGUUACGGUCAUCCUUUUACAGAUGGAAUCCCAGAAGGCGAUUGGUUUUGUGCUCAAUGUUUAGCCUCAAAAUCAGAGAUCCCAAACCCAAAAUCUUUUACUUGUUGUCUCUGUCCUGAAUCCGGCGGGGCAUUGAAAUCUACUGUGAUUGAAGGUAAAUGGGCUCAUGUUGUUUGUUCACUAUUUGUUCCCGAAGUUUUCUUCGUCGAUCCAGAAGGUCGUGAAGGAAUUGAUUUCAGCAAAGUUCCUAAAAGAAGAUGGGAAAAAAAGUGUUACAUUUGUAAAUCCAAAAAAGGAUGUGCUAUUGAUUGUUCUGAGCCGAAAUGCCCUUUGUCUUUCCAUGUUACUUGUGGGUUGAAACGUGAUCUCUGCAUUGAGUACACAGAAGGACGUAAAAAUGGCGGUGUUGUUGCUGGAUUUUGCAGUAGCCAUACUGAACUAUGGAAAAAGCAACAACAAACUGGGAAGUUCAAGAUUGUGCCAAGAGAAGAAUGAGAAUCCUAUUUUUUACCAACAUGGUUUGUGGUGUAGUGGUGGACUAUGAGUUCUGAGUAUGGGG